AUGGAGUUUGUAUAUAAAGGAAUAAUUUUAUUGAUCAGUCUCUUUCCAUUUAUUAUAGGGAGCGAACUAGAUUACGAUGGCUGGUUACAAAUACGUUUGUACCAUGCUUUAAAUGAUAAUCCGAUACCUCAUUUUACGGAAAGAGGAAACAUAACAGUUUCUAGUAUAAAAAAUGGAGUUUCAAGUAUUGCCCAAGCUGGUUUAGAUCCAUCACAACUGACAGCUAUAAAGACUUUAGCAAAUAAUGAUCAAAGAUAUCGGCUAAAAGCAGUAAUACGUACAUCUUCUGGAUUUGAAUCAACAUAUUUAACAUCUGCGCCAGCAUGUCAUUUACUUGGGACUGAAUUUGAAGACAUUUUAACAGUUUGGCUAGAUAUAGGAGGCGAACCAAUAUCAGUAACUCAAGUCUCUCCUGGUCCAUGCAUGACUAAUUUACCAACGACAAAAAUGUGGACAACUAACGUGCAAAUACGAUCUCCUGAUGCAGUGGAUGUAUAUUGUUCCCGCACUGAUUUUCGUGGUUCUUACAUCGGCAGCUAAUCCUGAUGCCGCAGCUGGAGGUGGUGGUGGUGGUGGUGGUGGUCAAAGACAAUAAUUUUAACUCAAUAGCUAAUUUGUUAAAAAAUAAUUUCUUUCAAUAGUAUUUAUUUCUUCUUUACCAAAUAAUGCAUUUGUAAUUAAUUAAAAAAAAAAAAUCUAAUAAAAUUUAUGUUACUGAAAUCAGCAGACAUUUAAAAAUUUUUUUAGAUUUAAUUUAAUUUGUUUAGAAAAAUAUUAAAAAAAAAUUAGACUUUUAGUUUUUCAAAUUUUCUGCAUCUGAAAUUUUUAUUUUUUUUUAAUAAGAAAAUUCCUAACAAUUGUCAGAUGUCUUCUAAUUUUAUUUUCAUUAAAAUUUGUUCAUAAUUGUAGAAUUUUUAACUAUUUGA